UAUCAGCUGGGAGCCUGGGACCUGCCGUCUCACUCGGGCUCACCGUGCGGGAGGAAUGGCAGCCUGGGGGGGCUUCUUCCUUUCUCUGCUCAACUACAAGACGGAGAAAUAUGUCAUCGCCGAAAACAGGAAAAUCGGAAUAUUGUUUAGACUCUAUCAGCUGGCCGUGCUGGGAUACAUAAUAGGGUGGGUGUUUGUGGUGAAGAAAGGGUACCAGGAGAGAGAGGAGACCAUCCAGACCUCAGUCAUCACCAAGCUUAAAGGUGUUACACUGACCAACAGCUCUGGGACAGGGCUUCACCUCUGGAGUGCUGAGGAUUACACCAUACCCCCAAAUGGCGAGCAGGUGUUCUUCAUAGUAACAAAUUACAUAGAGACCCCCAAUCAAAGACUGGGGUUCUGUGCUGAGAGUUUCAAGGUGCCAAAUGGACGAUGUCUGAGAGAUGAUGACUGCGUCGAGGGGGAGACUGUAAUAGCUGGCCACGGAAUCAAGACCGGCUUGUGUUUAAACAACACUGGGACAUGUGAGAUUCACGCCUGGUGUCCUGUUGAAUACAGCAAGCGACCCACAGAGCCCUCACUGAGUGGAGCAGAAAACUUUACCAUCUACAUCAAGAAUUUCAUCAGGUUUCCAAAGUUUGAAUUCUCUAAGUCUAACGUCCUUGAAACCUCUGACGACAGCUACUUGAAGAGAUGCUCCUAUGACAGAAAGGACCAUCCUUACUGCCCUAUCUUCCGCCUCGGAGAUCUUGUCAGCUGGACUGGACAUAACUUCCAGGACAUGGCUGGGAAGGGUGGGACUGUCGGGAUUCUUAUUGAGUGGAAAUGUGACCUGGAUAAGGACUCUUCACAGUGUAAUCCACAGUACAGCUUCACCCGUGUGGACAUGAACUUGAACGACUCAGUCACAUCAGGAUACAACUUCAGAUAUGCCAGGUAUUACAAGGAUCAAAAUGGUGAAACCUAUCGCACUUUGUAUAAAGUGUAUGGAAUUCGCUUCGAUAUAAUGAUCAAUGGCCAGGCUGGGAAAUUCAAUAUUGUUCCCACAAUAAUUGCCAUUGGCUCGGGUGUUGCUCUGCUGGGUGCAGGAGCCUUUGCAUGUGAUAUGAUACUACUGUACAUGAUGAACACGAGCUCCUUCUACCGAGAGAGGAAGUUUGAAAUCAUCAACUUCAAGAAAGACCGCACCAAGCACAAAGAUGGAAAGGCAGGACACCGGGAAAGGAGAAGCAGGAAACCAGUUGCAGAGAAAGAGGCUAGCAACUCCAUCAAACAGCCAGAGGAAACUGAACCCACCCAGAGCCGGCCAUCUGUGGAGAAACGGGGUCCGACCAUUCCACGCAACACAGGACAGCGAUACUCUGCCAUUCUCUCCACUCAAGGUCCAGAGCCAAGACAUCAUAUCACUUUCUCUUCACACAGUUAAGUUUGACAAAUCAUCCGCGGUGGUCUCGAUAAUGUUGCAGGAGUUGGAACCAAAAGUCAGACUGAUGUCCUCUUCUCACCUACUGGCACGACUGUUGGCAUGCCACUAGUGUGAUUGAUGCUUGCCUUGACUGAAAAUGUGUUGGUCCAGGGAAAUGUCAAUGUUCUGCACUGUGCAUGUGGGCCAGAUGUAGAGACACACAGGAUGGUGCUUUUGAGGGCUGGGUCAGGAACCAAAGGCGGAAUAUGGGAGAUUACAACAGGUUCAUAAAUAAUGAUAUCCAAAACUACUGUGAUAAGGCUGAUGCAAUUAGCAGAGGGACAUGAAAUUAUUCAUCUAAGAGUUUUAGUGAAUUGCCAAAUACAGAAUUCAUUGUGUCUGUUUUAUGUCAUAAAUUCAAUGCAUUCAGCUUCUUUGGCUGUUGAUCAGACUAAUUAUGUGUCAUUUCCAGUUUGAGUAAUAUACAGCAUGAUGGACCUUACUUUCGAUUUUCGCCAUUUUAAGUUAUAAAAAUUACAGCAAAAAUACUAGACGUAAUAGAUUCAUUGAAAAAUAAAAAAAUGAAGUGUAUUCUUCUAAAUCAGUCUGCAAAAUACCUUCUAAAUUCACUGUUUGAUCAUGAGACAAAUGAUUAUGUAAGCGUAUAGAGGAAAGAAAACUGUAAUGUGUAAGCAAUAUUUAAGAAAAAUGUGAACGGUCUUAAUUGUUCUUAUUUCACCUGGAUGAAUCUUGUACCUGUGCUAUGACAGGCAUUUGAACAUACUGUUAAAACACUGCUAAUUUGUUCCCCGCUCUGUGUCGAGUUGGCUGUGCUGAUUGUGACUUUGAUAUCUGCCGUGCAAUGGUACAACACAAUCAUAUUCACGUUAUUCACUUAUGGAGCUGUGGAAUGCGGUCUGUCGUGGGCUAUUGGUCUACUGUGAGUGGACGAGUUCACUGGUGAUGUACGGCCGACUGUUAAUGAAUGGAUGUUGAAGUGCAAAGACUCCCUUUCCUGUUUCUUGUUCCUGUUGCUAUUUUUUGAAUUUUCUUUAUUGUUGGAAACAUAUAUUUGACGUGUUUAUUUCAUUUCAACACUGCCUGAUAGACAAAGUGAUUAAUAAUGUAUACAAACAAUUCUUGCAGAAG